UUAAUAAAGUUGAAUGAAAAAAAACGUCACCCACAACAAAUAUGGCGGCGCCUACGUUAGAGGACUCUAGUGUGGUGAGAAAUCAGUGUUAAAACACGACUUCUGAUAACGAUUUCUUUAAGUGUAUUGCCGUAUUUGUCAAGAAAAACACAGAUUAAAGCGGUUCUCCGUCAUAAAACAUGGGGUUAGAGCGCCUGUGCGGACAGUUUCGUCUGGUUAUCCAGCAAAGACUCUUACAAAAUGCGUCCAUGUCGGUACGUGUUUCACCGAGCAGCGACGUGUCCAACCGGAGUCACCAGGUGUGUUUAGCUGGACUGUGCAGCAGGAUUUUUGUCCAAAGAAGCCACCUGGGUGCGGCUCACAGCCGGCUGCCAGCCCGCCGCAGCCUCUGCACCUCGACCCAGCCCUCCAGAGAUGUCACCCUGUUUGAGCACGACAGGACCCGCUUCUUCCGCCUCCUCGCCGGCUUUUGCGGCGGACAGCUCCUCUUCUGGACCUACCUGGCUCACUUCGCCUACACCGGGCUCAAAGACACGGGGGGCGCAACGGAGAAAGGAAAGGCCAAGGCGUCCACCACCACCGGGCUGGCUGGGAUGUGGAGUUUCGAGAUGAACCUGGGGUCCAGCACCUGGAGGUACGGCUUCACGCUGGGAUGCCUGACUAUAGGAGGAGGGAUAGUCGGGCUCGGGGUUUUGUUUUGCCGGCGCUCCGUCAGCCAGGUGGUUUUACACCAAGGUGGGAGGAUGGUGACAGUUUCCACACAGUCACUUCUGGGAGCAGGACAAGGCCGGAAAAUAACAGUCCCGCUGUCCCAGGUAGGCUGUUACGCUCACAGACAGGAGUCCCACUCAUUCAUCCCUCUCAGGGUCAAAGGACACAAGUUCUACUAUCUUCUGGACAAAGAGGGGACAGUGAACAACGCUAAACUGUUUGAUAUAACUGUUGGGGCGUACCGAGCAGUCUAAACACCAAUGAAACACUUGUCCACAUGAACACUUUUGACAAAUGUUGGAAAGGAUGGAUUGAGUCUGUCAAACCAUUUAUGUUGGUAAAAUUGCACCAGUUGCACACCACUGGUUCUCUGCUGCAAUCAGUUAUGAGGUAACAUAAUUAUAUGUAAUUUGUAUAAAAAACAUGUGAAUGAUGCCUUAAGUUUGCUGGUUCCUAAAUAAAAAGAGAAUAUCAAUAAGAAAAGAAAAGACACACUUGUCUACUGAUGUGAUUUGACAUUGCUUCCAAGUAAAUAUGUUUUCCUUGUUUGAUUGUUUCUCAUCACUGAAAUAAAAUCUAUAAGAUCAAUUACA